CCAUAUCAAACGCGCAAAAACGUCAAAAUAAAAAUGUUUUGUUUACCAACUUUUCAAAUUACAAUUUUGCAUAAAUUAUGCUGUAAUUGACUCUAUAAUGGAUAUCGAAGAGCUAGAAAUCAAAAUAGAAUAUAACGAAAGUUUUGAAAGUGAUCCUUUACGCGAAGAUAAUCGAAGUUGUCAGAGCCUUACGACUGAAGACCAAUGUGAGGAAUCUACAGUCUCUGAUGAUGAAAAAAGAAUCUUACAGCCAAAUGUGCAUAAUUCUUCCAAGCUAGAAAAUCAAACUGAUCUGAAAACCCAAGAAAAUCCUAGAACAUGGUUCCAAUCAAAGGAUGAUAAUGGAAAACUUUUAUGUAAAUACUGUGAACUAAGAUAUUCAACAAUUCAGACUUUACGACAUCAUGUUAAGAAAAAACACCCAGAGGAAGCUAAAACAUUAUCUAAAACAAUACUAAAUAAUAAGAGAAAUUGUAAGCAUGUUUGUCAUAUUUGUAAAAAACAAUUCAAAGACUUAGCCGAUCUAAAAUUGCACAUAAACAACCAUUCUAUGAAUUCAGUAGAGACAUCUUGUAUGCAUUGUAAUGCUACGUUUAAUACCUCUGAAGAUUUACUAGAACAUAUUUAUAUGAAGCACCAAAAAGGAAAUAAAACAACAUACGCUUGUAAAAUAUGUGGAUACCGUACAUUAAAAAAAUCACAUUACCAACAGCAUAGCAACACUCAUAACGAAAAUAAAGCAUUAAUUUGUAAAUUCUGUGAUUACAAGACUAAUUAUUCACCGAAUUUAAGAAUACAUGAACGUAUUCACACGAACGAUAAACCGUAUUUAUGCAACUUUAAGAAUUGUGACUAUCGGAGUGCUGCAAAGUCAGCGUUAAGAAGUCAUCAGUUAAAACACUAUCCAAAAGAAAAUAUGCUUUUUUGUGACAAAUGUAGCUAUAGUACUGUAUAUAAACAAUCAUUACAAAAACAUUUAGACAGUCAUUUAAGAAAUUUUGUAAGAAUAAAAAGAUAAUGGAAAAAAUAAAAGCUUUUUUUUAUUUACACUUUAAUACAUAGUUUUAAGCUAAUAUUAGUAAUACAAUUUUGAUUAUAAUUACUAUACUACAAGUAUAAUUAAGUAACUAUAUACAAUAUUUCGAGAUAGUAACCAUAUUGCACUUAAUUACAAUAAAACAAUUUAACACUUAAGAUGGGGUGCCAUAAAAGCAGAACAUAUUGUUUAACUUCACUGAAUCUGUGCGAAAACACUAACUUAUGU